GUGAACUGAAGAGGAAACACCUGCUGCACCUGCUGUUACUGAUCAGAAUACAGAUGUGGAGAAUGAAACAGGACUGACUCGAUAUAUUAACAGGACAGAAGGAAGUAGUCUCAAACCAACUUUGUUUUUUGUUUUUUUUGGACUAAACAUGGAGUCAAAAGGGAGACAGGCGAAGAUUCUGGCUCUGCUUUUUCUAAUUGUGCUGUCUGUUCAGGGGGACUUUGUGGAGCCUCCUGAGCCCGACACCUCGCUGGUUUUCCCGGCAGAGGGUCAGACCAGGCUCCCCUGUCACUACCAGGAGGAGGAAGGGGAGAGGGUGGUGCAAGUCACCUGGUACAAGGAGCUUCCAGACGGCAGCAAGGACCAGAUCAUCACAGGCCACUUCACGGACGGCCACACAGAGUUUGGACGUUACUCCGGCCGGGUGAGGUUCGAGAGCAGCAGCCCGACGCUGAACUCCGCUCUGCUGAUCCCCAACACCGAGGAGUCAGACGAGGGCAGCUACACCUGCCACAUCUCCACCUUCCCCAACGGAAACUUUGAGAGACACAUCACGCUCACUGUGUGGAUUCUACCCAUCUCCUCCCUCGACCCGGUGAUCCUGGUGGAGGGCCAGUCGUACCGCGUGGUCGCCUCCUGCCGGGCCGUGGGUCGACCGGUUCCCCGUCUGUCCUGGGACACCGACCUGCCGGGACAGCAUCAGGACCGAACCAGCGAGGGCGGCUCCGUGUCCAGCUACUACUCCCUCCACCCGCUGCGCAGCAUGAACGGGAAGAAGCUGGACUGUUUGGUGUCGCAUCCCAGCCUGGAGCAGCCACGGAGGAUCUCCAACCGUCUGGUGGUCCAGUACCCCCCAGAUGCCAGCAUCACCCCGUCCUCAGGCCAGUGGUAUGCAGGUUUGGAGAAAGCUGAGCUCUCGUGUGAAGGCGGCGGAUACCCCAAACCUCACAACAUCUCCUGGACAUGGAAAGGAGGAGCGCUACCAGAUGGGGUGUCCACGGUCGGAGAAAAACUCGUUUUCAGACGAGCCCUUCGCAUGAAUGACAGUGGGGUCUAUGAGUGUGUGGCCCAGAACAUUGUUGGAGUGGGAAGAACAGAGUACAUGCUGACAGUAGCAGCGACUUCUCAACGCAAGUCUGACUUUCCUCCUGAUAACCUGCUGCUGAUCAUUAUCGGAGCCUCGGCCGGAGCUCUCGUCUUGCUUCUGGUCAUCGUCGUCCUGCUGGUCAACCGCCACCACCGACACAGAAACAAAAAGCUUGAGAUGGCGCUCAAUGAAAAAUCGGAUGAAAUUAAAACCCUCUCCAGACAGGCCUCCUUCAGGAGAGUGAACUCCCUCAGCACAGACUUCAGGCUGCAGGGUGACGAUUACGCUCUGCUCAGAGUAGACAGCCGGAUGAAAAACAGCCAAAUGUCUCUGGAGCGUCCCAUCUACAGAGGCAGCCAGUCCACCCUGGUGGGGAAGUGGGGGCCUCCGGGAGAGGUGGAGGUGGACGAACUGGGACGUCCCGUCGUCUGGCAUGACGGGAUGAGCCUGAGGAGAUCAGAGGUGGACGGAGAGAAGGAGGAGCGCAGGAGGAGGGUGGAGUCAUACCUGAAGAACAGCAACAUGUCGCUGGACUCAGGUCUCCCUUCAUCUCUGGUUCCCCUGAAGGCCCAGCAGGACGACGGCAUCGGGCCCAGAGAGACGGACCUCGGCCACGCCAGGGAGGGAGACUCUCCGCGAGGCGAGGGCUGGACUCCCCCGCAGACUGUGGCUGAGGGGCAGGAGGAGGAGGACGACGACAGCAGCAGCUCCCACCAGAUCUCGGAGGCGCUAAACGCUCACUUUUACUACAGCGACGGCGUCCUCAGGCCCAGACCGCAUUCCAACGCCAUCCUGCUGCACCCCAGAGCACAGAUCAUCUAGAUCAUCUUACAUGCAAGAUGUUGACCCUUUGUCCUUAAAUUGCCUGGUGCCUUUAUCAGUUAGCCAACAGUCAAGAGAUGACAAGAAACGAGGGGGAAAGACAGAAGAGGAAUGAAAGAUUCCAUCUUGACAGGACUCGGGGAUGCUGUGGUUCACACUGAGAGCCACUGCAUAAUUAGAACGUUUUUGAUUUUUAAUAUUUUAUACAUCCACUAAUGGGGAGUGAAGUGGCUUGAGAGUUUUUUUCCCUUUCAACAAAGCACGUAAAUGAAAACUCUUUCUGUCCUCGAACUCGCGCGGAAUUAAGGUUCCAGUUACACAAUGUUUACCUUAAAGGGUGCAAAAACUUGCACACAGGGCUUCCGGUUCAUUCCACAGUUUCACAUCAACAUACAAACUCACAACGAUGAAUCCUGCCUCUCACUCGUGGUGCCUUGUUUACAGCAAAAACAUUCAGGGAGGACGAUACGGACAAAACACACAACCAAGGACGGAGUAAACUCUACUCAGCUGCUUGGUGUUCACACUCGGAUGCACCCCUGAAUGAGAAGUUAGUGUGUAUCUGUGUAUCUAUGUAAUAUAUAUAGAAAUAUAGAACUGCUGUAUGUUUAUUAUUGUGUCUUUAACAGCUACCUGCAACCAUCAAAAGGUCAAAAAAAAAAAGAAAAAGAAAGAAAAGCUCCUCUGCAUGAGGAGCUGGACGGUUAUUGAACCAGCUCAUGGAUAAAAUGCAGCAAACCAGCAAAGUUUCUAUAUUCACUUUUUUCAUGAACUGUAAAUACCUUCUGUAUAUGUCGGGUAACAAAUACACUGUAAAUUGUUUUUUUGUUUAAUGUCUGCAUUUUUCUACGAAACUGCAAAAGUGACAUGUAAAAGUUAAAAUGUUUAUUCAUAAAAGUACAGCGUAUGCAAUUUUUUUAAAAACAAACAAAUUGUUCUUCCUGUAA